UGAAACAUAUUCAUAAUUCGUGAUGUAAGCAUUUUAACACAGUGUUGCACAGUGUUAUUAAAAGAACGAAUGUUGAAUAACCAAACUAGGGGAUGUUCAACUAUGUACAUAACAUAUAUUUAUUGACUAUCUCGACAUUUUGCGUGAAAGUUGUUUUACCCAUAAAUGUUGAGUAAUAUGGCCACUUGGAUCACAGUGACACCGCGACUCGAACGAGGUUUGAAAAUAGCCACUCAAAUAGAUAACAGUAAAUUCCGAUUACUAAUAAAUCGUAUCUGUCAAACACUUCAAUCUAGUGUUGAUACAAAAAUUUUCAGUGAAGAAGAAGAGGAAAAGUUGUUAGUUUCUUUGGACUUAAAUAAAGAUGAUCUAGUUUGCCUUUUAGAUGCAAUAAUAACAAUUUACAAAAAAGCUGCAUGUUACAUUAUAAAGCCACAAUCUAUGGAUAGCACUUUGAACAGUAUUUAUAAAACUGAUGAUGAAAAGAUUCAAAUAUUUUUAAAUGCCUGGGUAACAUAUGGUAAAGGAAUAAUUGAUAAUUUCAGACAACAGUCGAUGUUUCCUGUUCAGGUCAAAGAUAUUGAUUGGUGUUUAAGUAUUCAAGCAUCAUCAUCUGCAAUCAAGAAGGAUGUACGUCCAGUAGCUCUAUUGCAGUUGAAUCUGACAGGAGAAAAGGAUUCUAAACUAACAGUUGAAUUUGAUAAAAAAGAACUAACUGAUCUAUAUCAGAAUUUAGAAAAAAUACAAGCACAGCUAGAUGCUCUCAAAUAA